AUGCCCAAGAAGCUCAUCAAGCUCGCCGUCGCGCAAGCCCGCACCCUCGACACCACCGCCGAGACGGUCCGCGCGCUCGAGCAGACGACGCGCAAAGCCGCCGCCCAAGGCGUCGACCUCAUCCUCUUCCCAGAAGCGUACCUGGGCGGCUACCCGCGCACGUGCAGCUUCGGCACCUCCGUCGGGGCGCGCGACCCGGCCGGCCGCGACCAGUUCCUCGCGUACUUCCAGGCCGCCGUCGACCUCGGCGACACGCCGCUGGACGCGGGCGACGAGUGGGUGGAGAGGCGGCUGCCCGUGGCGCGCGGGGCCAAGGGGCGCCGCGGCGACGGCACGCGCGAGGAGCUGGAGCGCAUCGCGCGCGAGACGGGCGUCUUCGUCGUCACGGGGCUCGUCGAGCGCUGCGCCGGCAGCCUGUACUGCGCCGUCGUGUACGUCUGUCCGCUGCGCGGCGCCGUGGGCAAGCGCCGCAAGCUGAUGCCCACCGGCACCGAGCGCCUGAUCUGGGCGCAGGGCCAGCCCAAGACGCUGCGCGCCGUGACGGCCGACAUCAAGGGCGUGAGGUUGACGUUUGCGGCCGCCAUCUGCUGGGAGAACUUCAUGCCGCUGACGCGGUUCGCCAUUUACGCGCAGAAUGUCAACUUGUACUUGGCGCCGACGGCGGACGCGAGGGACACGUGGUUGCCGCUCAUGCGGACGGUUGCGAAUGAGAGCAGGGCGUAUGUCCUCUCCUCCAACCAGUGCGUCAGGAGGAAGCACCUGCCGGCUUGGAUCCGGGAUCCCCAGGGGCUGCUGCAGCAGAAGAAGGAGCAUGGCCACCACGUCGUGGAGGCGAAGUCCAAGUCGUCGGGGAGGAGGAGGUCCACGGUGACGAUCGAGGAAGGCCACGAGAUCUGCAUCCCUAACCCGGAGGUCAAUGGUCACGGUGCCAGUUCGUCCGCCAUCUCCGAAGAUGACCUGGAAGUGAAGCCGGCCCUCUCGGUGCCGCAAUCCUCCUCUGCCGCGGAUGAGGAAUUUCUUUGCAGGGGCGGCUCUUGCAUCAUCGGCCCCUACGGAGAGAUUUUGGCAGGGCCUUCGUGGGAGAACGAGGAUGACCUUCUGGCGGUUGAGGUGGAUUUCGAUGAGUGCGACAAAGGCCGCCUGGAUUUCGACGUCGCGGGUCACUAUGCUCGAAGUGAUUCUUUCAAGCUCACUGUCGAGGGUUUGGAUCUCAUCCCGCCUCCGUGA